UGCCAUUUCCAAGAAUUCAUUGAAGAGGUCCCUGCUGAAGCUAGAAUGUCACUUUACAUGGACUUUGCUGAAGCAGGAUGUGGAUCUUGAUGCCCUAAAGGAAACAAUAGGCGAUCAGAUUGAGUUUUUAAUAAAAUCCAACAUCACCAAUUAUAAUCUACUAUCCUAUGUAUGCUACCUAAAGAAUUCAAAUGAGGAAGCCCUGAGAAAUCUCCAAAAAGCUGAAGAAGUUGUUAAAAAAAAUCAUCCAGAUGAAAUUGACAGGAGAAGUCUUGUUACCUGGGGAAACUAUGCCUGGAUCUAUUACCACAUGGAGAGAUUAGAAGAAGCUCAAAUUUACAUAAGCAAAGUGGAAAACAGCUGCAAAAAGCUUUCAAGUACUGCUCAAUGGAAGAUUCAGCUUCCAGAGAUCUAUGCUGAGCAAGGAUGGGCAUUAUUAAAGUUUGGGAGAAAAUACUAUGAGAGAGCAAAGAAUUGCUUUGAAAAUGCUCUGAAGAGUGAACCCAACAGCCCGGAAUUUAAUACUGGCUAUGCAAUAGCAAUGUACCGUUUGGAAGACUUUUCUCACAGUCAAUGUGAAGAUGUGAGCCUGUCCCUCAAGCCCCUGAAGCGUGCAGUGGAACUGAAUCCAAAGGAUACUUUCAUUGCAGCAUUACUUGCAUUAAAACUUCAGGACUUAAAGCAAGUUGAUGAAGGGGAGAGAUACAUCGAAGAAGCAAUGCAGAAAACCCCUGAUCUUCCUUAUUUCCUCCGAUACGCAGCUAAAUUUUAUAGAAGGAAAGGAGAAAUGGACAAGGCACUGGAGAUUUUGAAAAGGGCCUUGGCAGUGACACCAAAAUCUGCCUUUUUGCAUCAUCAGAUAGGACUCUGCUACAGAGCAAAGCUAUUUCAACUGAAAACAACUAUGAGAUAUCCACCUCAAGAGCAAGUGGAGACACUCAUCCGACUUUCCAUUUUUCAUUUUAAAACAGCGACUGACCAAAAGAGAACCUUUUUUUCUGCCUUUAUUGACCUAGCAAACAUGUAUGCAGAAGGAAAGAGGUAUGAAGAAGCAGAAGAGACAUUUCAGAAAGCGCUUCAGAUAAAUAUUCUAUCCUAUGAUGAUAAACAAGAAUUCUACUACCACUAUGGCAAUUUUCAGCGUUUUCAUAUGAAAUCAGAAUCUGAAGCCAUUAGGUGUUACACAGAAGUGCUGAAUAUUGAAAAUGAUUCUUAUUCAAGAAGUAAGUGCAAAAAUGCUCUGAAAAAAUUGUUGGAACAAAGGAUUCAGAGGGGUGUAGGAGAUGCAACAGAUUUUGGUACACUUGCACGCGUUCAUCGUCUAAAUGGUGAGGAACAUGAAGCAAUUGAGUGCUAUGAGAAAGCAGUUGCAUUGUAUCCCAACAAUGAAGAAUAUCUGAGUGCAUUAUGUGAGCUAAGACUUUCCAUCUCAGGAUAA